GGAAGGAGAGAGGAAGGAGAGAGGAAGGAGAGAGCCGCUCCGAACACACACAUUCACACGCUCCGGAGCAGAGGCAGAGAGAGGAACACACAGUCACAGCGAGUGAGAGGUUGGGAAUCCUUCAGUGGUUUUUCACCUGCAUGAACACAACCGUAGACCCCCCCAGGAUCUAAAGAUGUGGACAGAAGUCGGGAAGCUUGUGCUAUUACAUUUGUUACUCAUGGAGCUCCGUUGCGCUAAAGGAACUACUACGGAGUUGGAGUGUGAAACCGGGCAGUUUCAGUGCAAGAACGGACGGUGCAUCCCGACCCUGUGGAGAUGUGAUGAUGAUGAUGAUUGCUCAGACAGCAGCGACGAGGAGAACUGCCCAAAGAAGACGUGUGCGACCACAGACUUUGCCUGUAAGAAUGGACAGUGUGUCCCUGCUAGGUGGCGCUGUGAUGGCGAACCAGAGUGUGCAGACGGUUCAGACGAGGCUGAUGCUAUCUGCAGCCGACAGACCUGUCCACCAGAGAAGUUUGAUUGCGGAGGGGCUGCCAGCAAAUGUGUUUCGUUGUCAUGGCGAUGCGACGGAGAGAGGGACUGUGAGAACGGGGCAGAUGAGGACCAGUGCGCUGCAGAUGCCAAGGCCUGCCCCUCCAAAGAUUUCCAGUGUCGUAACGGGAAGUGCGUGGCACCAAUCUUUGUGUGUGAUGGAGACGACGACUGUGGGGAUGCCAGCGAUGAAGAGAAGUGCACGGCUCCCACUUGCGGCCAGCAUGAGUUCCGCUGCAAUGACUCUGAGUGCAUCCCCGCCUUGUGGAGUUGCGACGGCGACCCGGACUGCAAGGACAAGUCAGACGAGUCCAUGGAGCGCUGCAGCCGAAGGACAGAGCCCCAAAAACCUCGCUGCCCGGUGGGCGAGUUCCAGUGUGGGAGUGGGGAGUGUGUCCACAUGAACUGGAAGUGUGAUGGAGACGCAGACUGCAAGGAUAAAUCGGAUGAAGCAAACUGUCCGCUGCUUACAUGCCGACCUGAUGAGUUCCAGUGUGGCGAUGGAUCCUGUAUCCACGGCACCAAACAGUGUAAUAAAGUGCACGACUGUCCAGACUACAGUGAUGAAGCUGGCUGUGUCAAUGUUACAAAGUGUGACGGGCCAAGAAAGUUCCGCUGUAAGAACGGGGAGUGUAUUGACAGCAGCAAGGUGUGUGACAAUGUGAAAGACUGCAAGGAUUGGUCUGAUGAACCCAUGAAGGAGUGUGGCCUGAAUGAGUGUGCAGACAACAAUGGCGGCUGCUCCCACAUCUGCAGGGACCGCAGAAUUGGCUAUGAGUGUGACUGCCCUUCUGGGUACAAACUCCUGGACAAAAAGACUUGUGGAGACAUAGAUGAAUGUGAGAACCCAGAUGCCUGCAGUCAGAUCUGCAUUAACUACAAAGGAGAUUAUAAGUGUGAGUGCUACGAAGGCUACGAGAUGGACCCUGCCUCUAAGACCUGCAAGGCUGUGGGAAAGAGUCCGUACCUGAUGUUCACUAACCGUCACGAGAUCCGUCGCAUUGACCUGCUAAAGAGUGAAUACACUCAGGUGGUUCCCACGCUGAAGAACGCAGUGGCCCUGGAUGUAGACGUGUCCACCAACAAGAUGUUCUGGUGUGAUUUAUAUCAUCAAAAAAUAUACAGUGCUUACAUCAACAAGGCCAGUGACUCCUCACAGCAGGUGACCCUCAUCGACUCGCUCCACUCCCCCGAGGGCCUGGCCGUUGAUUGGGUCCACAAGAACAUUUACUGGACUGACUCUGGCAACAAGAGCAUCUCCGUUGCCACAGGAGACGGCAGGAAGCGAAAAUUGCUGAUAGCCACCGAGCUGAGCGAGCCACGGGCCAUCGCAGUGGAUCCACACCAAGGGUUUAUGUACUGGUCAGACUGGGGAGGUCAGGCCAAAAUCGAGAAGGCUGGGAUGAAUGGAGUGGACCGACAAGUUCUGGUGUCUGAACACAUUGAGUGGCCCAAUGGAAUAACCCUGGACUUGUCCAACAGGCGUCUGUACUGGGUGGACUCCAAGUUGCACCUGCUGUCCAGUGUAGAUCUGAAUGGGGACAACCGCAAAGUGCUUCUGUCCUCCCAUCACCAUCUGGGACACCCCUUUGCCCUCACUGUGUUCGAGGAUCACAUAUAUUGGACCGACUUAGAGGAUGAAACGAUAUACAGUGCCAACCGACUGACAGGACAAGAUGUGGCAAAGGUGGCAGAGCACCUCAACAACCCCCUGGACCUGGUGGUGUUUCAUGAACAGAGGCAGCCCAAGGCCCCAGAUACCUGCAACAUGGGCAGUCUGCCUAACGGUGGCUGUGAAUACCUCUGUCUGAAGGCCCCCCAGAUCACAGAUCACUCUCCUAAGUACACGUGUGCUUGUGCUGAUGGCAUGGAGCUGGGACCAGACAUGAGGCGCUGUGCUAUAGUUCGACCGAGAACAACCACAACAACAGCUGUACCAACCACCUCCACCACCACUACAUCUCCCACCACAACCACGACGAUAAGCACUACAACAACUAGCACAACUGUUACCAGCACCACGACUCCCCCUACCACAACCACAAGCUCCACUAGCUCCUCUGCUGCUACGACAUUCAGGCCCACAACCAGAGAGAUGACGACACCUGCCCCACCUCAGACCCCCAGGAGAACGUCUACGGAGCCACCCCGGACCCCUGUGGCCACGAGUACAGAGACAACCAGUUUCAGCAGGACCAGUCAGAAGUCCACAUCCACACACACGCCUCUACUGGGCCCAGUGGCCCCCAAUAGCAUUCAGAGAGAAAGCAACACCAACCUCUCCCACAGAGGUAAGAAUCAUGCUGCGAGUGAUCACUACCUCAUAGGUAACAACAUCACAGUAGCUGUUCUGGGGAUAGUCAUUCCUAUCGUCCCUAUCCUUGCCACAGUGGUCAUCGGAUUACUCUGCACCGGCGGGUACCUGGUUUGGCGCAACUGGCGGCGCAAGAACACCAAGAGCAUGAACUUCGACAACCCCGUUUACCGCAAAACCACAGAGGACGACGACGAUGAAAUCCACAUCGGGCGGCACAGCGAGUCCAUAGGCCACGUUUACCCGGCAGUGAGUGACAGCCACAGUCAACCAUUCAUAGCGCUUCCACUAGGGGGCGGUGUCACAGACAGCAACUCUCACUGGUACUCAGGGGCACCGAUGCUCUCCAGCGGAAAAUGAGAGAAGCUGCAGCAGAAAUGAAGCAGUUUGGAUUAUUUUGGAUAUGGGAGGAUGGGCAGGGGUUUGGGAACGCCCGUUUGUUGUACAUGUAGGCCUGGUGGAAUGAAAGAACAGGCUUACACACGCACACACAGUCUCACACGUCAUAUUUUUGCCGUAAUCACUGAAAAACACCAAUCAUACACACACAUACAGUCAGCCCUUCACCAGAACAUCAUGUUCACAUGUAUUCCACGUUCAUGACUAUAAUCAUACAGUACAUAUGUUUAUCACCAUCAUCUUUGUUGCCAACCUGCCACCCCAUUUACUUGUACAUUGUGAUGUGUUGUUCUGGUGGUUGAAGUGUUUGUUCUGUUUCCGGGCGACGUUUCUUAUGAGGCCCCCAUUUUAUUACAAAACUCAUUACUCAAACCCAUAUCAUCUUUGUUUACAGAAGCAGCUGAUGCAAAAGUUUAAUUUUUGUUCAACAGAAAAUACGUGGCACAAGGUAUUACCCUUGUCAGAGAGGAAUUUUGGGUAUGUUUCUUUGUUAUGUUUGCUGCUAAAAAAUUAGAGCAAACAGUCAUCCAGACAUCAGAGGAGCACUGAUGCUCAAAUAAUUACUGCUGUGUUGAUGCAGUGUAAUGGUAUUAAUUUCUUAGUGGAAUAAUUUUUUUUAAUGUUGAGUCUUUGAAGACUGAAAGGAAAGCAGAGGAUUGGGCUCAACCAUUUUAUAAAUAAAUUGUAUUUCUAGAGUAGAUAGUAACAUCAUGACAUUGCUUGAUUUUAUUUUUUUGUUCCAGUGUAAAUAAGUCAUGGAGGAUUAAAAUGAGAGCACAAAUCAGAAAAGAAAUUUAUCUCAUAUUCUAUCUUGAGUGCGGUUGCAGAAACCAUGGACCUUUCAUGACUUGCACACAACCCUGUUGAUUUACCAUUAAUGCAGAUGCAUUUUUGAGAAUCACUUAUCAGGCAUGAAGCUGCAUUUUCUACAAUCUCCAGAAACAACGCCAGCUGUGAUUUGAACAAAAAUGCACUCAAAUGUACAGGACCCUUGACAUUUAUUGAAUAUAUUUGUUGUUUUAGGUAUCGGAAAGAAGGCAGGGAAGGGCAGCCAAAACGGAUUAUUGGGGGGUGGGAGUCUACCGCUUUGAUCGGUUGGCAUGGUAACACAGAUUUCUUUGUGUUGCUCCAGAGAGAAAGGAGGCAAAGAAUUCUGGGUAUCAUUGGUAGAUGACAGGCUGGAGACACACACACACACACACACACACUCACACACACAUAUACACACAGGAAACAGGUGCACAACAGAGACGUAUUAAGAUUCAAGGUCGAACAAACAACUGCCCUCAGUGAUGGGCUGCAGAAAGGGAACUAUACUCUCUCUCUCUCUCUCUCUCUCUCUCUCUCUCUCUCUCUCUCUCUCUCUCUCAGUUUUAUUAUUUACAUAUUCACAAAUCUCUGUUAUUGUCUUGAUUUUUGUUUUGUUUUUUACUUGUUUUCUUCAUUUCCUCUCCUCUUCUUUCCUUUCGUGGCAGUGUGGCAACUCAGACAGCCAGAGAAAUCAGGUUGGCAAUAUGUGGGCCAGACAUUUUCAGCCGUAGGCAGGCAUCCUGCAUUCUUCACAUAGGGGUAGCCAGAGAAGGAGGGAAUGAACAAGGGGGGAAUUGGAAAGAGGAGAAGGGGAAGGUCAGGGAGAUGAGGGAGAAUUGAAAACUGCAAAAAGGAGCAGGAGAAAUGGAUUCCAUAUGAACCUGCCAUUAAUUUUCCGGGGCACCAUCUAGGCUUGAAUCUCUUUCUUUUUCUUCUGAUUUCUGUCUUUAUUUUCUGUCCAUCAUGUUACUCUGGUUUUUUUUGUCAUAUCACUCUCUCUCUCUCUCUCUCUCUCUCUCUCUCUCUCUCUCUCUUGCCUUCACCAGCCUACUGUGGUAACAGUCUUUUUAUCUGCUGUUUGCAGCGCGUGGCACUCAGUCUGGAGGAUGAUGGCUAUCCCUGAGGGGGGGGAUGCAGCCUGCUCCCCUUCCCAAUCCCAUCCUGGCCCCUCCUCUCACCACAGCCUCUACACCACUACAAUGAGGCCAGUACAACGCAGAGGAGAAAGAGAACGGGGUCCUCAUUUUGCCUCCCCCUUUUUGAGGGAUGACAUGUACUUCUUGUAAAUCCCCCUUCCUCUCCUACUUUCUCCACUGGGGUAACAUUACUACCACUACUAGCCACUACUACUUCCUUUAGUGCUAGUUUAUUAGUAGUAUCUGCUCCACUCCUCUCUUCUUUCUGCCUCUUGUUAGCUGUAGUGGUGUGUAAAAUGCUGCUUGAUAAUUUUGUUCAAACUAACCUCAUUUGGCUGUCUCCGUGCACACUGUAAAUAGAUUGUUAAAUAGUUGUCUGACCACCGUACAGGGGGAUUAUUUUGAAAUCCUCAUAUGGCGUUUUAUUUAUUUGUAUGUUUCCUGUUGUAAAUAUGUAAUCAGCAUAUCUCAGUGCUACAGAAUUACAGUCAGAUUUGUUCAAGUUUGCAAGGAUAUAGAGUUGUAGGCAAGGAUAUUAUUUUCUUCAUAGUCUCUUUACGUCUUGAGUUGACAUUACAGAUUUUUUUCAAACAGGGGAGUGUCAUCCUUUUUCACACCCAUCCAGUCAAAAUCGCCCCUUGGCAUUGUAUGUAUGCAGGCAAAGCUAAAUAUAGCCAAGGGGAAAGGAGACAGAAAUAAAUGAUGGGGUUGCCUGCAUGUUUGGAGGGGAUUUUGGGGUGAAGGAGUUACUAGGGUGUCUGUUUCUUUUGAGGGGAAAAGGAGGAUUUGAGCCACCAGAGGGUCGUGCCUCAAGGCAAAAAAAGCAGUAGGGCAGAAAAGGCAUAAUGAAUUUGGGAUUGUUUGCUCAUUUGCGGCAGGUGUUAGGACUCACGCGUUCCUGAGUUUUUGUUUGUGUCUGCUGCAAUCAGUAUUUUAAAAGUAAAACCCUUUUUGAGAUAUCAGUGAUGCUUUGAGGUACUGAGGUCUUUGACUUUCAACCCUAGCAUUGAGCAUGACAACUUUUUUUUUGAAAUUCAGAAGACAGGACAGACAUUUCUAGAUAUGUUUACAUUUAAAUGCAUAGUUGUGCAAUCUGUUUUGGAAUCCUGUAGGGAUGAAGUACAAGAAAAUGAAGUAUGAGAAAGCAAGCAGCGCACUGAUCUAUUGCAACAAAUUUAUUGUGCAGCAGUCCAUUUUUGCUGUCUUUUUUGGCUCCAGUAGUCUUUAGCACUACAUUAUUCUUAUAGGUAUAGCUCCCGCAACAUCACUUUUUCUUUCAUUUGACAUAACAUGGUUUCAUAACUUCCCAGUAAACAUCAAUCGCAGCACUUUAGUGGAUUCACAGCACUGCUUUUGGUGUUUCUUAGCAUGAUAACUUCUCCCUCUUUAGUCCCCUCUCUUGGCUGUGUGUUUUCUUGAUGAGAUGGUGUGUGUUUUGUUUUUCUUUAUUUACACAUAUAACAUAAAACAAUAAAAAGUAACAAAAUAUCAUUUGCAAUAGAAAAAGACUCCACAUUUGAACAGGAUCACUUUCCGCUGUCACUAACUCUUAAGUGUGGUUGUUAGUGGCCCUGUUUUGUAUGAGUAGAUAAGUAAUACGCCAAGGCUGACUGAGCCGAGCACUGAUUUGAUUUGAAAGCUGGAUAGAGAGGAAGCGUGUAAACCAGCGUAAAGAGCUGAUAUUUCAUUGGCUUGCCACAGACAUGCUUCCAGCCCACUAAAUCAAAUGGGAUUAAUGCCUAGUGACUAUUGCAAUAAUUGCUCAUGACGUGUAAUAGUAAAUUACUGGAGUCCGUUACGACGAGUUCAUAUGAUGGCUGUUACGAGUUACGGCAAAAUAACAACUUUUCUAUCCUGGAUUGAAUUUCAAUACAGGGCAUCUUGAAGGUGCUAAGCACACAUAUAAGGCUUUAGUAUACAGGUCUCCCAUCAUAAGAAGAACAAAUCAGAACAAUGUGACAAUUCAGAUGAACUGAGCUACGAAACGCUUUUGUUUUUAAAAUGUUCAAUCUUUUUUAAUAAAGAGCAAAAACAAGUAUAGAAUGCAAAGAUUAAAGUCUUCCAUUGUAGGCUAUAGACUCAGCAUAUGCAUUCAUCUUACUGUACAGACAGUAUGUGUAUACAAAAUAACAGUUGAUUAAUGGUAGUUAUUAGUCAUGGUUCUCACUGUUUCAUGGAACUGUUUGCUCAGUGUGAAUGCUCAGAACCACAAGGGAGGAAGAAGGAAACAGACAAAGACAAAGGUAGCCAGGAAAUGACUGCCAGGAUUUAGAUUAAACUGUACGCAAACAGGUUUGUGCUUGGAAGAUGAAUAGUGGGCCAUUCAUUUUGUUGGAUUUCUGCUGAUGUUGUGUCGUAAGAUUCAGACACUCAUUCUCGCACACCUCCCUCAGAAGGAUGCCACUUUCUUCUCUUAGUUUAUAUUGCACAGUGGGGGGUUUCUAUGAAUGGGAUGUGACAAGUGGCAUGCUAGACAGGGAAAUUAUAGUCCUCUCCAGGACUGCACUCCCCUACGUCUAUCUAAUGAGCAGGAUGGAGCUCUAAGGGGAAGCCAUCUCCCUUCAUCUUAACCUUGCACAGAUAAAGCCAAAUAAAAUGCAUUACACAGUUGAGAAAACUGUGUCUCAGCUCAGAAUAUUCCCGGUUAAUUAGUUGUUUUGUUGGUAGAAUAUUGUCAUGUAGGAGACAGUUUCCAUAUUAUUAUGGAAUUUUAUACCAACAUGUUAUAGAUUUUUUUUUUGACAAAAACAUAAAAAUAAUCUAAGUCCUAAAGGAAAGAUGAAGAUGAUGUAAGAUGCCAAGAAAGACAAAACAGGUCAGUUAUCUUUGUGAAUUUAAGAUUAAAUAAAUCACAAACCCAAUGAUGGAUUGAACCCUGAGCUCACUCCACAUAGUUUCCUUCAUGUCUAUGUUUGCUGUGGGUCUAAUGGAGUUCCAUAGGGAGGUUCCAUAUGGAGGGUUUGCAGUCAGGAGAAUAAAUUGCUUAUUCAUUGAGGUGACUGAGCGUGGCAUUGUAGAAACGUUAUUAUUGCGACAGUGUGAAGACAGAUUGGCUGGUCGACUUUGUGGCCACCUUGAGAGCCGCCACUGAAAGACGCUAAACAGGUCCGGAAAGGGACUGAUAUCAUUCAUCACAUUGUAGGUAAUAAUUAGAGUGGUAGUAGAGGACAUGCUUUGACAGUACGCUGUCUGGACAUUCUUGAUUGAUAUUGUUAGGAAUCAUUUAGGGCCUAAUCAAUGCCUUAAUGGCAACAUAAUCAUAGUUUCACUAUCAGUCAGCUCCAUAAACAACAUAACAGGACCAAGAUGAGAACUCUUCCUCAUGUUGAAGGAUUGUGUGUGUGUGUGUGUGUGUGUGUGUGUGUGUGUGUGUGUGUGUGUGUGUGUGUGUGUUUUCUGUACAUACAUUAUGUUCAGUUGUUUAGUUAAUGUAAGACAGGUAUGACAAGGACAUUUUUUUAUUAUUAUUAUUAACUUGAAGUCUUUCAGUGUGAAGUCAGCAGUGUCUGCAGUGUUAAAGUUAAGGGGUCUGGUUACACCAGCAGUUUGUAAAUUCCAACUUCUGUGGAGAUUGAUGCGUCACCAAAUAAAAACAAGCUGUGAUCACACAAACACACAUAGAACUUGCAUAGAGAGUUGUUGUUACUAAAACCAUUUUUGUGACUUCUGUUUGAAUAGUUGAUUGCUUGUGCUUGGUCAACACAGCAGACGUUUCUUAACAGUGACACAGUACUCACAGCUUUACUAGCUGAGGCCUUCCUCAUGUUUCAAUGGUGAAACCCAAUUUAACAAAUCACUAGUUUAAAACUACAGUAGCUGGUUGUUACUAAAAAAAGUUUAGAAGGACUUUACACCCAACUGUGUGUGUAAAGGGUGUAACCUUGGUUGUAGGGAGGACAGAACACCAGCGGUCUGAGGGUCCUCCACCAGAAUUGUUUUUUUUCAAUUUGAAUCCCAUUUCCUGCAUUUCUAAAUUCAUUUAUAGGGACAAAUGUGAUACAAAAUCCAAGAAAUAAUUAGGUUGACCAUACUGAUAUAUUAUGCAAGAAAGAAUAGUACUGGACUGUGUAUAAGAAAAAAUGUCUUACUUUCUUUAUUGCUUAAAAUAGGUGCCAAUCACAGACACUCAUAAAUCAAAAUAAUAUCAAAACAAAUUUGAAAGUGAAGGGGACACAAAUAGGAUUUUGAGAAGUGGGAGGGACAUCUCCCCCCUGUCCCCAUUGGAAAUUACACCAUAGUGAAAGAUUUAUAAACAACUGGUGCAAUACAAUCCGUGUUCUGAGAAUCCGAGAAGACAUAUACCCCUGCUCAAUGAAAUACCUAUGUUGUUGUUCCUCACAAAACCCUAAUGCAUAAUAGGCAGGUUACUAUCACACUUAAAUUAUGUCAAGCCGUCCAUAACAAAGUUUUUUUCUGGUUUAUUUUAUAGGAACGAUGUUACAUUAUAAACUCACUAUAGCAUAUUCUAACAGCCGUGAUAACGCAUAAUCCAGCAUAAUUUUAGUUUUUCUGAUUUGUGCUCCCUGUUUUUGUAACUGUCCCGUCGCAUGCUCCUCUCUUCCUCUCUGCGCUCUUCUAAAUUUUUUUUCCCCUCUCUUUUCUGAGCAGGGAAUCUGACCCAUGCCACUUUUAACCAGGAUGCUCUGACUGCUUUCUAACAUGACUCACCUCUCUCCACCACUUUACUUCCUCAUGCAGUGUAUCAAACGUAAUGCCAGCUGUAAGGCUUCAAGUGUAAGGCUUCAAGUCAGCAUUGCUGUCUAUGUGCACUCCCAUCUUCAUCUUAGCCAUUGACAUAUUUCCUUUGGCAAGGGCUAUCAGUCUUUGGAUCGCCAGACACACACAUACACUGUGGGAGAAAUCACUGGAAGAAAAAUAACAAGGAAACGGCCAGAGCUCGGGGGGUAAAACCCCUCCUGGUCAUGAACCAGCAAACAGACGUAAAGCACGCUCAGCCAGGAGAAGCAGCCCCCACCUCACCCCCCAGCUACAGGACUGUGGAAGGAGCCCUCAUUGACUGUACAUGGCUGGCAAUUAGCUCUUGGUAACCUAGUGACUUUCCUUUACCAACUGUUUCCUCUUAUUACCACGUGUUUUUGAACUAUUAGUCUGUAAGCUGUAGUUGUUGCUUUCUCUUUCUCCUUGCCAAACCAUACUCAGUUUUAUAUUUGAUCUACUUGAUGUUUGAUUACUUGAAGGGCAGUGUUCAGUCACCUACAUUUUUCUACCAGUCAGUAUAAAAUGAAGGUUGGGGGAAGAAGACAGCAAUGGGGAAGUUGUAAAAUCUGUGUGUAAAUCUUUUUAUGGGUUGGGAUGAUGAUAUACAAAGGCAACUAUUUGAUAUAAAACUAUUGUUGACAGAUUUAGACAUUUUACGUCAGCAGUGAUUUAGGUGGGAGUAAAUCACUGCAAGUAUAAGAAACUAUUGGCUCCAAUUUUUGCAAAACUGUCUACCUGUAUUUAGUCAAAAUGUUGUCAUUGCCUGCAAGGAAAUCUCAAAAACCAUCCAAGGGUCUGUCCAUUCCACAGCCAUACGACAGGCAUUUUUUUAUGCUGUUUGUUGCACAAAACUUUUCAAGAAGCCUUCUGCACUGUGUAAAGCGAUAACGUUCUUAGGAGGGGAGAAAUAAGAGGGAGGGGGGGGGGCCAAUGUUACAGUCCAAUGGUUUUGAAUCAUGACUUGUAAAUACGUUUUCAUACAGCAAAAAACUUUUGAUAAUGUUUAAAAUGUAUCUGUAAAAAAAAAGAUGUACAUAAACCUCUGGGGUGAAAAGGAGUGUAGACUAUAUAUGAAUUUAUUUGUACACAAGAGCACUGGAUUUAUUUACUACUUGAUUGUAACUAAAAAUUAAUAAUCUGCCAAAGUGUUUUUAUUUUACUUUUUCUCCUGUCUGUUCCCUUUGUUUUUUGUUAGCUUUUUAACAGCAUUGCAGAUUUGUAGUGUUCACACUGUAUUUAAUUCUGUUAAAUAGAUUUUGUUGUGUGUUUAAAAAAAAGAGGGGUUAUCAUUUUAAUUUAUUGGUGCCUUGUUUUGUGCUCCUGUAUACUUUUUCUCUUUCUGUUUUUCUGUGUUGUGUCUGCGGGGGGGGGGGGGGGGGUGAACUGGUGGGUUGGUAAGGGUCGGGUGUGGGAGGUGAAGACUGCAACUUCGGUACGUACAUGGAAUAUCUGUACUUGUAUGCCAAAAUGGUCUCACUCACGUUUCUAUGAAAUCAAGCUGUUGAUAAAUAUCUCUAUAUAUUGAUAUAUUAAAUUUAUAAAAACUGUC